AUGGUCCUCCAUAACCCAAACAAUUGGCAUUGGGUCACCAAAGAUGCCGCUCCAUGGGCCAAAACCUAUCUAGAUACUGAAGUCAAAAAGCUGUCGGCAGAGGAGGAUGGGGUUUCUGCGAAGAUCACCAAACUCACCUCCUUGGACGGCGACGUCGAAGUGAGCCAGCGGAAAGGCAAAGUCAUUACCAUUUACGAUGUUGUAUUACAGCUUGAAUAUGAAGGCAAGACUCGCGAAGGCACCGAUGUCAGUGGCAGCAUCAAAGUUCCAGAGUGUGCAUACGACACUGAAGCCGAGGAGUAUGUUUUUGAGAUAGACAUCUAUUCGGAGCAGAAAGAAAAGCAAGCAGUAAAAGACCUCGUCCGAUCAAAACUGGUCCCCGAACUCCGCACUGUCUUUUCGACUCUUACUCCUGCGCUGAUAGCCGAACAUGGCAAAGACCUCCAACAUGAGCCAGGUUCCAACCCUUCCAGCGGCUUUGCUACUCCGACCUGGCAUGCUCAGAAAGAGCGAACUCCCCUCACCAACACUACGACGACGACGACGACGACCACCUCAGGCAAGUCCUCGAUCAACACCACCACCGUGACCGCCACCGAUGAAUUUCGCACUACUGCCGAUGAGCUUUUUCAGACUUUUACCGACCCUCAGCGGUUAGCUGCAUUUACACGGGCACCUCCCAAGGUUUUCGAAGGUUCCAAACCAGGUGCCAAGUUUGCCAUCUUUGACGGAAACGUCACGGGCGAAUUUGUGACCCUGGAACCCCCCAAGAGAUUAGUGCAGAAGUGGCGGUUGGCGCAAUGGCCGGAAGGUCAUUUCAGUACGCAGGAGAUCUUUUUCGACCAGAAUGACGUCGACAAAGUCACCAAUAUGCGGGUGAGUUGGACGGGAGUGCCUGUGGGACAGGAGGAAGUCGUGCAGCGAAAUUGGGAAGGAUAUUAUGUGCGCAGCAUUAAACAGACAUUUGGCUUCGGCACAAUCCUCUAG